AUGGAUAUCUGUGAGAAGCACGGAAAAAUACUGGAAUUUUUCUUUCAAGACGAGAUCCAGCUCUGCUGCAGUACAUGUGCUAUAGUAAAUCAUAGGAGUUGUCAUAGCGUCGAAGAGGUAUCGGAGAUCGGAAAAUUACGACGAGCUUGUUCCUUUUUAAAGAGAAAAUUAGAAGAAGUACAAUCAAAGGCAGAGAAGGUCGUUAAUAAUAUAGAGUUAUCUAAAGAACAGCUCAGUCUAGAUAUCAAAGCAAUAUUUGCGGAAAUAAAAAGAAUGCGAGAUAAUGUAAACAAAAUGUUCGAUGACUUGGAAGUUUACAUUACAAGAGAAACUGAUGUAUUUCAGGCUAAAGUAAUUAAUAAACUGACACAGAAGCAAUCAAGAUGUGAGAAACAUAUCGCUGUUGCUACUAAGUCACUGGAAGUUGUUGACGCAGCUUUGCUGAAUGGGACACCAUCACAGAAAUUUAUAGUUGCACAGAAAAUGAAAAAACAGGUCAAUGAACUUCACAGGAAUUUUGACAAUGAUUGUCAAAAUUUAGAAACUGCUACCGUUUCCUUUAAGUUUAACGAAACAAUAAAGUUGCCACCACUACCUAUUUCUAUUAACAUUCCAGGGAAGCUAACAUUAAAUUGCAUCUCGCCUGAAGCAAAUAAAUAUAUCGCACCUGUAGAUCCGAUUGUUAAAUCAACGAAGAUUAUUUCCAUCGAUCUGAAGCAGACUGGAGAUGAUGCCAAGGAACCAUUAUACUCAGGACUGGAUUUCCUGCCGGAUGGUAGGCUGGUUGCCGUGGAUAAUAAAAACAUGAAAUGCUUGAUUUACAAUGAGAAGCUUCAGGAAGUAGGAUCGUUUCAGUUAUCGUAUAUGCCCCGGGGUGUUGUUGCUGUAUCUGAGGAGGAAGUGGCGAUAACAAGUGGCAGUGUAUACAAGAUAGACUUUCUAUAUGUCAGUAAAUCUAACGAUAUAACAUUGAAUAGGACAUUUAAAGUUUCGACAAAGAAUGACUCUAUAUGUCUGAAAGAUGAGAGACAUUUUGUUGUUGGAACAUACGAUGAUACAAGACAUGUUCGUAUUGUAUCUCUAUCAGGAGAAGAGAAAGAUUUCAGUAUAAACUUUCCUAACAAGAAAUAUCCUGGAGCCACUAGUGCUAGUACAUAUAUUAGAAACAGUGACAAAGUGGUUCUGACUGAUAGAUACGAGCAUACAGUCUACAUAUUUGACAUCAAAAGCAACACCAGAGUUGUUGUCAAGGACGACCAGAUCAAGGAACCACGCAGUGUAGCAGUAGGUCCUGCCGACUGUAUCCUAGUUUGCAGUAAGGAAACAAACUCCAUUGUACAGAUCUCUCAAACAGGUCAGAUCCUAUCAUCGUACAAGUUAGAUAUAGAAUAUCCAUGCAGAGUCUGUGUCUCUAAGGAAAAAUCAAUUGUUGCUGUCACAAACACCUAUGCGGGAAACAAAAAGUUACAGUUGUUUAAACUUACUUAG